AUGUCAAAGCGCUCAAACUGCAGCAGCGCUCGGACUCCCUCCGCCCCCAAGCGCCCACGAACCAGCCCGCCCCAAGAGCAGCAAGAUGAUCAGCCCCCACCGCGUCCCUAUCCAAGACUCCAAGCCGCGCGUUUUCCGCCUGAAAUUCGCACUCCGCCGCACGUCCUCAAGCAGGUCGACAUUUUCCUCAUGACCGACGACGAAGCUGUCAUGGAGGCGGCCAAGACGGGGGACGUAGCGUGGCUCCGUGGGCUGGUAGAAGAUGUCAACGACGAGAUCGUGACAGACGCCCUCGUGGAGGCCUCUGGUCACGGCCACGCUGAGUGCGUGGAAGUCUUGAUGGACGAGUUCGCACUGGAGGAGGAGCGUUUGCCCUACAUUUGCUGGAAACGCGCACUCAAUGCAAUCGAGGCCGCUGCCACCAAUGGCCACCUCGAGGUGGUGAAGGUGCUGUUGUGUAGGGUUUCCCCUGGGUCGGAUACAUCCAGGAAGGCUGAACUUUACGGCACCGUGCGUCAUGCGUUAUCUCUCGUAGCAGAGGGCGGUCAUCUCGACCUGGUCAAGCUCACGGUGCAGCACGCAAGAAGCAGCAAUGACGACAGGCGUGUUUACGGCUCGAGUGCAUUGGCGCGCGCCAUUUCGGCUGGCGAGAAGGUUGUGGUGGAGUAUUUGCUAGGCGUGGCUGAAUUGUCGUGGGAUCUGGAUAAUGCGCUCGUGGCGGCAGUGGAUGUCGAAGAUAUUCCUCUGGCCGAUAGAAUGUACAAGCUCUACGUCAAGACGCACGAGAAAGAAAAAUUGUUUACUUCGCUGGCGUGUUGCGGAAAGCUCAAAGCUCUGAAGUAUCUGUACCAGACCGGACACCGCGACCCGGAUCUGACCUCGGAGACGUUUGUGGAAGCGUCAGAGCGUACAUAUCGAGGAACGGAUGUCUUAGAUUUUCUGCUCAGUACGGGGCUGGUUUCAUCCGAGGCAUUCGAUAAGGGCUUUCAACGAGCCGUUGCCUUCUCUUUGGACGACGUGAACGUGAUAGCGUAUCUCUUGGACAAGAAGCGAGCGACUCCGGUGUCCAUCAACAAGGCUUUUGUGGCGGCGAGGACGUGUGCUGUGGUCAACUUUCUGCUGGAACACAAAGAUAUCCGAGAAGAGUCGAUCCGUGCCGCGUUUGAGAGGGCAAUGAGGAGCUUAAGCGAGUUUUACCCUAGAGGCAAGGAGGAGUAUGUUCAAAUCAUCAAGCUGCUGUACGCGAAGGACUGCAUCCCGGCUAAGAUCAUCGGCGAGGCGUUUGUGAUCGCAGCCACGAAAGGACACUCGGAGCUUGUGACGUUGCUGCGUUGCAAUGAUCGUAUUUCCGCCCGAAUGGUGAACGAAGCUUUCGUUGCCGCUACCAAACGUGGGACAAGUGAUAUCAUGAUGUCCUUGUAUGGAACCAAUAUAUCCCCCGACACGAUUCUCAUUGCGUUCUCCACUGCCAUCACUCACGAACGUAUUGGUAACGUGAAAGAACUGGCGAAAUUACUUUCAGACGCAAAUCGGGUACCCCAAGAGUUCAAGCACAAGGCUUUCGUGAUCGCAGGCCAGUAUGGAUAUAAUACCGUUCUCCCAACUUUUUGUGAGAGUGACGAUGACUUUAUGCCACUGGCCAUCCUGAAGGAAGCGCUCGCUGUUGCCAAACGUGAUGAAGUCAGAAACGUGAUUCGGAAAGUAAUCUGCGAUCAGCUUUUCGACCCGAAAUGUCCGUGGUCUCGUUAA